UAAAUACGGACCAGUAGAUGGCAGCAAUGCGCCUAAGAUGCGUUCAGUCUGCUGGAAAUAAAAAAGAAGAAGAAGAACGUCACCUGGAAGUGUUCAACCUAUGACAACACGAGUGGCUGAAAGCAAAUAUCAAUAAUGGGAGUCACUUGCGUGUGUCAAGUGCCAGUGGCAGACGGGAAGAGUGUGCAGCAGACCGUGGACAUGGUGCACAAGAAGCUGGAGCAGUUGGGAGCUGUGAAGCAGGGCAGCUUCUGUGUAGAUUGUGAGACCUACCAUGCAACUGGAAGUGUCAGCGAAUUUUGAUGGUGUGGGCGUGUGGCACCGACCAGAGAUGUUUCCAUGCGGAGUAUUCACUCUUCAUUCUCUAGCAGGUCAGCCCUCCAAGCUCUUAUACGUGAUGCACAACUCUGAAACUCCUCUGAGCUGCCUGGCUCUGUUCGAGAACAGUCCCUGCCUUGUAGCCGACGGGAACUUUGACGUUCUCAUGGUGAAGCUGAAGAGCCACUUCCAGAAUGCAAAGGGCCACAAAGUGGAGUGUCGGGGAUCCCGAUUCCGCUACUGUGACUUCUUGAUUAAAGUUGGUACCGUGACCAUGAGCUCCAGUGCCAGAGGAAUAUCAGUAGAGGUUGAGUAUUGUCCCUGUGUGGUUCCCGGGGACUGCUGGAAUCUUAUGAAAGAGUUCAUGCAGUCUUUUCUGGGCCCGAGCGUGCCAGAGCUGCCGUCUGUGUUUGCUACCAAGCCCGAAGGCAUUUUCGCAGCAUCUGACUGCGUUGACACCAUGACUCAGUACCUGGAGUUGUUCAACAAACUUCGUAAGCUGCAAAUUCAAAGCAGUAGUGUGCGGUGAAUUGUUAACGAAAAGUCAAAUCUUUUUUUUUUUUUAUAUUGCUAUUCAUUUAGUUUAAAUAAUUGUUUUGUUUUGUAUAAUGUGCUUUGGAUUAAAAAAGAAUACUUGUAUAAAUGUGUAUUUAUAACUUUCACACCUAAGGCU